AUCAUCAGGUCAGAUCCGGCGCUGCUCCACUGCUGCCCCCUGCUGGACUGAAGCGGCUACACAUUCUAUUAUUGCGUGACGUUCUACGACGCAAUUACGCACGAACGUGCAACGUCACACAUCAAAUAACUUCCUGCUUCCGGUUAGGGUUUCGAGGUGUGAAGAUGUGGUCCGGGUUCCUGCUGCUGCCGCUGAUGUUCGGAUGGAUCUGCGCGUCUGAACUCACGUUCGAGCUGCCGGACAACGCCAAGCAGUGCUUCUAUGAGGACAUCAUCAUCGGAACCAAGUGCACACUGGAGUUCCAGGUGGUCACCGGCGGUCACUAUGAUGUGGACUGUCGUCUGGAGGAUCCGGAUGGGACGGUCCUGUAUAAAGAGAUGAAGAAGCAGUACGACAGCUUCACCUUCACCGCCUCCAGGAACGGCACCUACAAGUUCUGCUUCAGCAACGAGUUCUCCACCUUCACACACAAGACCGUGUACUUCGACUUCCAAGUGGGAGACGAUCCUCCGCUCUUCCCCAAUGAGAACAGAGUGACCGCUUUAACACAGAUGGAGUCGGCCUGCGUCUCCAUACACGAGGCGCUGAAGUCCGUGAUCGACUAUCAGACGCACUUCCGGCUGCGAGAGGCUCAGGGCCGCAGCCGAGCUGAAGAUCUCAACACCAGAGUGGCCUUCUGGUCCAUCGGCGAGGCCUUCAUCCUCCUCGUGGUCAGCAUCAGUCAGGUGGUUCUGCUCCGGAGCUUCUUCUCAGACAAGAAAACCACCACGACUCGCGUGGGAUCGUAAGAUCCGGGACUCGCGCAGGGUUUUAUACGACCUGUGAGCGAUUGAAACCUGUGUGUCGAUCCCCACGUCCAUAUCCGGCAGAAUAUUUGCUGAAAUUUAAACGUGUUAAUUUAUUUUUUGGGUGCGUGUUGACUUUACACAUGAUGUGUAUGUGAACAUUAUAGGAUGUAAGACACUGUAGACCUGCUUGAUGCAUCAUCAUCAUCAUCUUCAUCACUCAUUAUUAAAUAAGACUUCAAACAUUAGUUCAGUCUUCAUAGAGCCACUAUGUGUUUCGAAUGCAAGAGAGCUUUAUUUGCUUUAUGUUGUAUAAAACAGGCAUCCUCUCUAAUGUUUCUUAGUCAUUGUUUUCUUUGGUGUAAUUUGUGUGUUUUAUAUUAGCUGUUUCUUUUUAAUAGUGGUGCAUUGAUUUCUUUACCUUGUUUGAAUGGGCUAAUAAAUGUCUGGAGGAACGUC